AUGACAACUAUGAUCAAACUGCAUUAUGACGAGAACAAUGACGAAGAAGAGAAUAUGAUCAUUCGGUGCGCCGACUACGAGACGUUCAAAUCCUAUGUACUAAAAAAAUACGACAAAAUAUACGAAAUUGUCAACUACGAAAAUGAAAACAUAAACUAUUAUAGCGUCAAAUGGAUUAACUUCAUAAACAGGAGAGUACCAAUUUUGCUGCAAAAUAAAAGCGGACCAUGUCCUCUUCUGUGCAUUGCGAACAUUCUGCUCCUACGUAACCAGUUACAGAUUGACAAGAAAAUUAAAAAAAUAUCCCAAAGCUUCCUCGAAAGUAAAAUUAUGCACAUACUGUUAGAAUCCAAUAAGAAGAAUGUCACCGAUAACACCGCGUCGUGUAAUUAUAGGAAAAAUAUAAUCGAGUGUGUUGAUAUAUUACCCCAGUUAAAAUACGGACUAGACGUUAAUUGUAAAUUUACUAAUAUUCAUUCAUUUGAGUACACCAAAGGGUUGUGCAUUUUUGACAUGCUCAACAUCCCAUUAUAUCAUGGUUGGGUUAUUUCGUCGGACGAUGUGAUGUUUUACUCCUACUUAAAGGAUUAUUCCUACAAUGUGAUAAUAAAUAAAAUUGUGAGAUAUAAUGAAUACUACGAGAGGAAGAAGAAAAAAAACGCAGACGAAUCGUCCAAUGAGAAAACCAGCAGUCUGUACCAGUUGCUGGAUGUGAAGGAGGAAAAAAGGGACGACUGCGAUUUGGGAAAACCCUGCGAGAGCGAUGCGCUCAUGGAUGGCCCGACAAAUAACCCAGGAGAAGCCUCCAACAGUGAUCAGAAAGGUGUCCCCAACGAUGACACCGUCAACUUAGCCAAAGGAACAAGCAAAAGUACAGAAAAGAUUGAUAAAAAAAAGAGUAUAAAUGGUAUACCCAUCUUUCCAGAUGACCUUGAUCAAAUUUCAGAAGAAAAUUUCAAAGCAACAUUAUAUCAAGACAGCUCCUCUUUGCACAUUAGUACUGUCUCUACAUUCGAUGCAGACACAACAAAAAAAAAGAACACAAUUUUUGGCAAAAAAAGCACAAGUGGAGGUGCGUGUAGCAGUAAGAGGAGAACUCACAGCAACGUGAUUAACUUGAAGCAACCAUCCUCUAUAGAUUUGGAAAAAGGUACAAAUAAGUACCGCACCGAAACGGGGCCCAAGUCGGAUGAAUUUUUUGUCAAACAAGGUAAAACGCCAAGCAAUUUGGCCUCCUCUGCAAAAAAAAACAACGCCAAUAGGAACGCCACUGUUGGCGCUAAUGUAAAUAUCAGUACCAUUGCCAGUGUUGUUAGCCCCAUCAGCAGUGAUAACAGCAACAGUGAUAACAGCAGCAGUGAUGAAAGCAGCGGCGAUGUGAACAUGGUAACAACGCCCAAAUUUCCGGAGGACCCCCUGCCGACCACCUCCACCAGUCUAAUUCCAAUUGAAUACUUUUCUGAGGGGAAUAUCCAGGGUAGAUCGAAGAAAUCCGCCUUGGACGAAAAAGCUAUCAGAAAUAAUGAACUGUUUAUGGAAUCCAACAAAAUAGCUAGCUUAACUAGCGAAACGGCAAAUGCAGACAUAGCAGAUAAUUGCACAGAAAAUAGUGAAAAUUUUAUUAUGAAAAAUUACAACACAGAUAUAGAUUUAACUCCAUACGAAAUUCACGAAGCGAUAAUUAUUUCCGAAUUUCUGGAAACGUACAAAACUCAGUUGACAUUAGUUGGGUUGAAAUUAUUGCGAGAAAAUUUGAACCCAAAUCAACUUGUAGCCUUUUUCAGGAAUAACCAUUUUAACACUCUUUUCAAAUAUGAAAAUAAAUUGUUCCUGCUAGCUGCAGACAUUUCCUUUCUACAUUUGAGUUGUACAUGGGAAUUAUUUGACAACGUAGAUAAUGACACCUCCUACUAUGAUAACAAUUUUAGGUGCCUAUCGAAUCAGAAAAAUUUGGAAAAAAAUUUAAACCGUUCCAUCAUUUAUUUGAGGAAUUAUGAUAGGACUAGUGCCAAAAAUAACACGCAUUGUGUCAAGUCCAAUACGUCCCUUUCCAAUAGUAAGAAGAAGAAGAAAAAGUGUACCUUUAUGUAG